AUGGAUAGCACACUGGCAAGCUUUACGGACGUAUUGGACGCUGAAAUAUGCGAUUCACAACCGAUAUCUUUGUCACCGUCUAUUGAUAGUAACGAUAAAUGGUCAGCAACAGAUACUAACACCGCACGAGAUAUACAAGACCCACCUCGUCCUUUCAAAGGGUGCGGACAACGUGGGGAAUUCCGUAGCACUGAGGAAAUAGUGGCUCCCGUAAAAGCUUUAUGUACGGAGAGGUUAACGGAAUGGUACCCUAAGUUCACAAAACUUGGACUCUUGUGCAUCGAAGCUACGGGAGACACAGAUGUAGAUUUCUCCCAAUUGCAACCCUACAAUAAUGCCUUUGUGCCAAUAUGCAAUAAUUUGUUGUCUUUGGAAACCACUCAGAGUUCAGCUCAGUCAGUACAUCGUAUAGAAAAACUGCAGAACCAACUUCAAGGAAGCGCUGUGACUCAUAAAGCAGCCCCUAGCAUUCGUUUCGUAGCUGUAUCAGCAACAGUCAGUAAUCCGGAAGACGUAGCCAACUGGUUGGGAACCUCAAAUAAAUCAGCUGUUUUCCAUAGCCACCACUAUUUUGGGGCUUUGAGAGCAGACUACGAAGUGUCCCGAUCUGAAGCUCUAACUAAAAUUGAACCAAGAGCAUUUCAAGAGUAA